UUGAUAAAUAGAAGAAUAUAUUGGCUGUCAGGAGGGAUAUCAGAACGACGAGCAGCUGAGCGAAGAGAACAAUACAAACUUGUACGUGAACAUGUUAAACGGGAUGACAGUGGUCGUAUUGAGGCAUAUGGAUGGUCUCUACCAGCUGUACUGGACAAAUCAAAUGCGUCAGCGAUGGUUCCAGUUCCCGUCUGCUGCCGUCCACUCAUGGAAAAUCAGCCAUCUAUCAAGGUUUGGUGUGCCACUUCGGUGAUCCUUCAUGGAGGUCUCGAUAAGCAUGGAAAGUUCAUCACAGGGAAUCCUGUCUACUUCUCUCCUAGCGCCGCCAAGGUUCCUAAGGAAUCAAAUAGUGACGACCAGCUCGAAAAUGAAAUUUCGCAUGCUCGUGCUUUGGAUGCCAGGGAAAGUGAGCUGGCGGAAUGGCAAACGUCAUCCGUCAUUACGGGCAAAAGUCAUGUGGCGAUACUGGAUGCUAACAAUCCAAACAACGUCAUUGAGACCUUCCGAGCCUGUGAAAGCCAUUUACUUUGCAUUCGUGGAGUUCCAGGUGUUUCCGAAGGUGAUCCGUCUUUGGAUGAAGCCGCUGCGAAGACAUUCCUCUGUGGAGGAGGAAAAGUCAAGGAUAUACCGGAUGGCAUCGAGUUUUCCGAUUUGGGCGCUUGUGAGUGGGUAGAACUGCGGAAAAUGGAAGAUUCUGAAGAUGGAGUUCCAACAUACUGCAGUAAUGAUAUGCGGCCAAGUCCAAAGCGAACUCGAGACUUUAGCGUUAGCGACACUGAAGCAGUCACUGGAUCACUUGAAGACAGUGUGGAACCUGAACGACCGUCCGGAAGUCGGGUUGGAAGGGCUGCAUUGCCGUCGCAUGUCCGUGAUGCAAUGAACAAAUACGAUGAAAAUGUCGCUGAUAUCCCUACAGGAUGGCCAACUACACACCACUAUAAAGUUAUAAGUAUAUGGAAACAGGCGUAUAUAGUAGCCCCGUAUACUACGCGCGAAAUUAAAGAUGUCAGCUCCAGCAAAUUUUUAGGUGGCGAAUGGGCAGAUUUCGGAUACCACACUAUUCGUGUUGGUCCUGCUACUUCCUCCGUGCGAUGUCUUUGUGUCGUGGCAAGCAACAUUUGGGCAGCCUACAAAAACUGUAUCGUAGUAGUGGAUGGGGAAAACCUGCAGAUUGUUAAGGUAUUCGCUGCACACCCGCGCCGGGACAGCCAAGUGCGUGCAGUUCAAUGGGUGGGCGCAGGUGUCUGGAUAUCGAUACGACUGGACUCCACCCUGCGAAUGUAUCAUGCCCAUACAUUUGAACAUCUUCAAGAUGUCGAUAUUGAACCGUAUGUGACCAAAAUGCUCGGUACUUCACGGCUAGACUUCUCAUACAUGCGCACUACUGCUCUACUCAUAUCUAACCGACGCCUCUGGAUUGGCACUGGAACAGGAGUUGUCAUCUCAGUACCGCUGAGCGACAGCUUGGAGCAGAAGGUGGAAACGAACGACGCUAAGAAGUCUCCUGGUGGACCUGGUGGAUUAGUGCGAGUGUAUUCAAAUCAUAAAGAUCUAAAAGAUGAUACGUCUUCGGCAAGAGUUGGUGGUGGAGCCUUCAUACCGUAUUGUAAUCUAACACAAGCUCAGCUUUCUUUCCAUGGCCACAAAGACAGCGUAAAAUUCUUCCUUGCCGUACCAGGCGCUCGCCGUGAAGUGGAGGACGAUCAAGAGGCCGAGCUACGGAAAAUGCUGGUUAUUUCCGGAGGUGACGGCUACAUCGACUUCCGGAUAGUGAUAGAAAUGAGCCGCCAAUCCGUAACUAAAGGGGUUCGAGCACGGGAUAUGUCACAUCUUAUCAUUUGGGAAGUUGACGCCGAAUUGCCAGUGGUCUCCAGUUGA